AUGAAAAAUGAUGAUAGUGCAUUCUAUAGUGUUGUCUAUCAAGAUAUCUAUGACCCAUACCCUUUAUCAACUGAUUUACCAUCAUCUGGAAAUGAAGUCCCUUUUAAACAAUUAAGGUUAUCCUAUGCUUUGAAAUAAUUAGUGGUGAUGAAGCAAUCGAGAAAAGUUACAUGGAAUCUAAUUGUUAAUCAUCUAUAUGGGCAAAAAGAGGAUCUAAAGCAUCCUUUAUAUUGACAAGCAUAACUAUUAUGAAGAGCAUGGUUGGAGUUGGAAUUUUAGGAAUUGUACUUUAAUUUGUUAUAAUAGCCAAAUGUAAUGAAAAAUUUUGGUGUAAUAUUAACAAUAGUUAUAAUGAUGAUUGUAUAUUCUUUAGGUAUGACAGCAUCUAGAGUAUUAUUGAAAUGUAAGAAUUUAAGCAAAAAAAGUAAUUAUUCAACAAUUGGAUAUUAUAUAUUUCGUCACAGUUGGAUCAUAUAUACAGUUAAUUUAAUUAUUACACUCUCAAAUAUAACUACAUGUUUAAGUGAAUUGAUGUAAAUAAAUAUAAAAUAAACUAGAAUUUUUGGAGAUGCCUCUUAAUUGUUAAUUAAAUUUUAUAAGGGAGAUGAUUAUGAAGUUCCAUUUUAUUUAUCAAGAACUUUUUUACUAUGUAUUCUUGGACUUGUUCUUACACCUCUUUUAAUUGUAAAAUCAAUAGAAAAACUAAGAUUUGUCAGUUUAACUGCAAUUCUUUCAAUUAGUACUUUUACUGGUUUAGCAUUUUAUAAUUUCUUUACUAAAGAAGGAACACCUGAAGGUAUAUUGAUAUUUAGAUAUAGGAUUUUCUUUAUUGAUUCCAUAAACAUUCAAUUUUAAAAAUGCUAUGAGUGCACUUCCAACAUUACUUUUAGCAUAUAAUUGGCAAUUCAAUUUAUUCCCUAUCUUUAAAGGAAUGGAGAAUCCAACAGAUAUAAAGAUGACUUAUGCUAUGUUUACUGGAUAUUCAAUGGCUUCAUUUUUAUAUCUAUGUGUUGGUGUAUUAGGAUAUGCCACUUAUGGAAAUGAUGUAUAUAUUUUAUUAUAUUAUUAGAUCUAAACUAAUUAUUUAAAGAGUAUUAAAGCUUAAGAGGUUGGAUCAUUAUUGUAUGUUAUUUUGAAUAUAACUUUUGUGGUAUCAACAACAUUAACGUUACCUGUAUUAUUUUUUGGGGGAAGAAACAAUUUCAUUUAGAUUUAUAAGCAAUUAACUUCAGAGAAAAAAACUGUUUAAGAAGUUAAGAGUUAUAAAUAGUUUUUGGAUGAAACUAAUUCUAAAAGAUAAGAGAAAAUUAUAGAGAUUAAAUUGAAAAAGAAAUCAUAAAAACUUAGAUUUUAUUUAUUAACACUUAGUUUAUUUUUAUUAUUAAUGUGUGGAGCUAUAUUUUUAGAUAAUCUUGCUUUAGUUUUUAAUAUAAAAGGAGCAGUAUUUUGUAAUUCAAUUUAAUUUGUAUUGCCAAGUUUAUUUUAUAUUAAAUUGGUAGAGAAGGUUAAGAAAUUCAGAUUCAAAAGUAAAUAAAAAUAAUAUUUUUAUUAUGGUAUAAAAAUAUUAUUUGGAAUGAGUUGGGUAUUUUUGAUUACUUGUGUUGUAUGUGGAACAAUGGCAGCAAGUCAUUGA